ACACACUGGUGACACACAGUAGACUAUAAAGGUCUCAUAUAUAGGCUAUAAGGACACUUUCAUCAGACCCAGAGGAGAUUAGAAUGCCCUCUCUUGGAUCCAUGCAGUAGAUACAGUCGGUCCUCUUCCUCAGCCUGCAUGGAGAAAGGUCGAGGUAUUUUCUCUGAAGAUUCAGCAUCACGACCUCAGCAGACCUGCAGAGAAAGCAAAUUCACAGGCCACUCAUAUCCUACGGGGAAGAUCCAAGUCAUCGGAGACAUAUUCCAGUUCUCAGUGGAUGUGAGUGAAUUUUCUCCGGAGGAUGUUAUCAUUACAUCUUCCAACAACCUGAUAGAGGUGCAUGCUGAGAAGCUGGGAGAAGAUGGCACAGUCACAAACACAUUUUCCCACCAGUGCAAACUACCAUCCAGUGUGGACCCCACAUCUGUGAGCAUGAGCAUAGACAGCAGUGGCACCCUGACUGUCAGAGCUCUCAGGGUACCUUAAUGCCCAAUAGCUCUGCUCUUCAUUUAUCGUUUUAACACUGGAGUAUAGCGACCUCUGGCGGUGGACGCAGGGAACCAAAGGACCCUUCAUGUACUACUGGAGAUAUGAAGAAAACCCUUUAACGCUUUGUGAGAUGUUUGGUAUUGUCUUGGAGAAUCCUGUUAACGUGAUGAGAUGAUUGAGGUUAAACAGCAGGGGGUGUCGCAGAAACAUGAAAAUGGUUGUUUACAGUUUUUCUCAGUUGCUGAGAUUUUUCCACUCAGAAGUUACAUCGUCGAAACAGUUCUCGCACAGGCCUAAAGUGAAAGUCUGGAAAUGACACAUUUUGUUUGCAAAAUGCUUUUACACUCACAAAACAUUAAAAACAUGCAACAGAAUCAAAUAUUUGCAUCAAUCAACACUUUCUGAGAUGUCCUGUUUGAAUACUGGCUUUAUUCUAUUCUUGUAUGCAGGUUUGUCGAUGCCCAUCAAUUGUCGUUGACAUGUCAAACCUACGGUAACCAACCAGACAAGACAAAUUCAGACAUUCAUUGUCAUUUAUCUUUGGUACUGCCUCCUGUCUUCACUGAGGAACCAAUAAAGAUUGGCAUUUACACCAGGA